GCCAACUACCUCAAUUAAAUUAUCUCCCAUCUGCAUAUACAUACAUGGUCUAUAUUUAUCCAAAAAAUUAUACAUGGUCUAUAUUUAUCAAAAAAAUUAGUUGAACAACCAAAAGCUUUGUGGAAGUGCUCUCUGGAGAAACAAAUUGAAGGUUUAAGAGUUACGAAUGAUAAGAAUCUUUCCUCCUUGUGUUUUAUUUUUUCAUUCGACUGGCGCAACUAAUUUUUCGGGCUUAUUUGUUAAGUUUUGUAAUGUCCAUUAUUCCUGAAGCUGGUUUUGAGAUUUCCGACGAGAACUCUAUGACUUCACCUUUUCCAGUUAACAGGAAACGUAAAAAAAUGAAUAAAUCACGUGGUUCAGCGGCUGAUAAAUGGACUGAUGAAGAAUCAUCUAUCCUUAUAAGUGUCUUGUAUGAUGACGCGAGGAAGUCCGGAUUUAAAGAUUAUGCCAUCAGUGGUCCACGAUUAAUAGAAGUUAGGAAUGAGUUUUUUGAGAAAAUUGGAAAUCGAGAUAAGUUUGAUGAUGAGAGAAUUAAGUCAAAGAUUCAACGAUUAAGGAAAGACACAAAAACCUUCAAGGAUCUCCUUAGUUCUUGCUCUGGAUAUGGAUGGAACCCUACAACUAACACAAUUACAUGUCCAUCUGAUAAUUGGUCGGAGCAUGUAGCGCAAAAGAAAAAGAAGAAAAUAUAUAUUUCCAAGUACAGAUACCAUGGUCUUAAAGAUUAUGACACACUGGAUGAAAUUUUUGGAAACUCAUUUGCUACCGGGGACCAUGUCAUGUAUAGUACAAAUCCUAAUCUUCCACCAAAGUCAAAUGAAUUUAUUGUCGAGGAGUAUGAACCUUCUGAUGUUGAUGAUGAGCAUGUUGCUACUGAACUAUUAUAUUUAUGGAAAAUGCACAAGUACCCCCUGAACUAUUACUGAAAA